GCCACCGCAGAGCCCGAAGCACCGCCCUCCCGAGCCGGAACCUCCCAGCCCCGGAGCCUCCCUGCCCCGGAGCCUCCCAGCCCGAGCCUCCCAGCCCCGGAGCCUCCCUGCCCCGGAGCGCCGCGCACUCAGCACACUUCAGCACACUUCAGCACAGGACGAGUUCCAAGCGCUCUGGACGCCCGUGGAGGAUCGCCGCUCCCCACUUUCGCCUGCCUCCGGAGAAUAUGGGUUUUGCCACAAGAAGAUGGUUCUACCUACCACUGGGCUGCAUGAUGCUGAUCAGUCUGAUUAAUGCUGAUUUUGAAUUUCAAAAGGGGGUGCUUGCUAGCAUCAGCCCCGGCAUCACGAAAGAUAUUGAUUUCCGGUGCUGGAAUGCUUGCUCUUUGACACUGAUAGAUCUCAAGGAACUCAAGAUACAGCACAGUGUGGAUGCUUUCUGGAAUUUCAUGUUGUUCUUGCAAAAAUCCCAGCGGCCUAGACAUUAUAAUGUCUUCUUAAGCAUAGCUCAGGAUUUCUGGGACAUGUAUGUAGACUGCUUGCUUUCACAAUCUCAUGGAAUGGGCAGAAGACAGGUGAUGCCUCCCAAGUAUAAUUUUCCACAGAAGAUAACAGAAGGACUGGAUUUUACAAAACAUGAAUAUUACGUAUAAGAGAGAGAACAUGGGAAAAUACCUCAAGCAAGGUGACAUCAACCUGAAAGUUUAAUUCUAUCAGUAUUUCUGAGGUCAAAUAUUUCUUGUAGUAUUUAUCAAAAUUGUUAUUUCUAAUUCUUCAAUAUUUAUGAAAGCUGUAUUUUUUUGAUGCGUAAAAGCUUUAUGGCUAUUGAAUUAGCGUUUCCAUCUUUUCAGAUAAUUUGUCAAUAAUUUUUUAUUUGGAAGGCAUCUUUGUAAACCAUCUUUAAAAAAGCAUUUAAAAUGCAAAUGCAAUAUAUUUUUAAAUACAGUAGUUAAUGGAGUAAUGCUGUAACUAAUUUUAUAAGGUAUCUUAUACAUAAUGUUGACUUUAAAACUGUGCCAAAAUUAAUGCCAGUAUUGUCCUAAAAAAUAUUUAAUCUUGAUGUAGUGUACUGAGUGGCUUCUGAAAUGUACAUUUCAUCACUGAGCCAUCCUAUGUAUUAAAGUGUUUUUCUAUCCGUUAAGGACUAAUUUUUUUUUA